AUGAUCACACAUCCGGGCCAAAGUCUUCCAGUCGCCGAACCAAUUGCCGGACCAAUCGAUGUUAAUUUCUUGAUUGACAUCAUCUUUCCACCCGAGGAUAGGAAUUCUUAUGAAGUCGAAACGUCGGAUUACGAUGGUGAAAGCGUCAGGGUCAGGUUCAAAUUCUUCAAUAAGACUCAUAGCGAUUUGAUUGAAUAUUUGAAACGAGCGUCACCAAACCUUUCCCACAUUUCUGGUAAUGGUCUUCGUGACUGGGUACCAGCUGACAAAAUAACCAACCAAUUGGUUUAUGGAGAUUCUUAUAGUCAACUUUCCUCAUUUACCACCGAUUAUUCCGACGAUGACAAUGAAUACCCGGAAAUCGACGAGGAAGGUUUGAUUAACGAGUUGAAAAACUUGGCGGAACAAGUGAAAUCAGAACGCAAAGAAAUUGAUGAUGCUAAAUUGAACUAUUUAUUCUAUUUUGCAUUUGAGAAAAAAGAUACAAGCGUAAAUCUUUAUGACAUUAAGGACGAAUUCUUUAGCCAGUUGAAUAUUGUACAAUUUUUUCCCAAAUCGGAUGAUUCGAAUGAUAUCAGCGACUUGAAAGAGGCUAAAAAUGCCCUAUGUUUUACUAUUUUAUCGUAUUUACAAAAAUUUCUCGAUGAAAAACUUAAGAAAAAAUUGAUAACGGAUCCAAGAUUUCGUCUUGCCAUUACGUUGUGGAACCUUAUUAACACCAUGCGCACAAUUCAUAAAUCCUAUCAAGUCUUAAAAGAAAGUGACGAAAAGUUUAGAGAAAUUCUUAAAGAAAAGAAAUACAUAUUUUUAAAAUAUCUGAAUAAUAUGGAACUCUGGCUUGUGAAUAUGUUGAAAGUUCUUGAAGAGGAUCUUGACGAAGCGCAAUACAAUAAAUUUCAAACGCGACUCGUAAAUUUCUUAAUCGCCGCGGAAGGAUUGGUAGAGACUAUUAAAAUCACAACAUUAGAAUACAACAGUGCAAUCGAGGCUUUACAGGUUCAGGAAAAAAAAUCAACCACCGCCUGGUGGCUUUCUGCCAUUAUUAUGGGAAGUACAGAGUAUGACCACGAAGAUGAUGUUGAUAUGGUUGCAUUACAAGUUCCAACAUCAUCUCGCGCACAAGAUCGAAGGACGUGCGGAAUUGUGGAAACAUUAAGGACAAAGGACAAUCUCGGUGAUGCAAAGGUUUACAAGUGCGCUCGAUGUAAUUUUGAGAUUGACAGGGAUCACAACACAACCCGCAACAUCCUUCUGAAACAUCUGAGCCAAGAAGCGAUUCUAGGGACUGGAUACUUUUUAUAUAAAUUAUAUAACAGACAAGAAAUUACCAAAAGCGAGAAAUUAUUUGCUACUGGUUUGGGGGCAGUGGGAACAUCAGUUUUGGUAGUGGGACAUGUCGCUAUUAAGGAUUUACAAAAGGCGAUUCAACGACAAACCAGUAUGAUAAAAAAGCUAAGAGAUGUGCAUGAUAAAACAGUUCAUUGGACAAGAUGUGGAAAAGAUUUACAACAAUGGGAUCAAGUGAUGAUGAAUCAACAUCGAAAUAUCUUGUCUCCUCAAUUGAACCAGAUUAAAAUUCAGAGCAAAGCGUUUGAAAAAAUUUUUGAUGAUCCAGCGGAAAACGAGUGA